AUGGCCAUAUCAGAUGAUAGUGAUGAAGAAGAAGAGUAUUCUGAUUAUUUAUCCAGUGAUCUCUUAGAAGACCAUCAGUAUCACCAGAUAAAUAUACUAAAAGAAGAUAAAAGAAAACGAGAGAGUCAUGUUGAAAAGGGUCCGAAAAACAGUAGCAAAACUAGUAAUGAAGCCGAAGAACUUAUAAAGUCCAGACCCAUUGAUCCAAAGUUAGAUAUUACUCAAAAGGGUAAAAAAUAUAGAUUAAGAUAUGUCAAUUCAAUGUCAUCAAAUAAAGUUGAAUUGAAUUCCAUUAAAAUUAAUGAAAGCAUGAUGUCGAAAAAGAAAAAGAAAGGUAAACAAUAUUAUGAAGUUGGAGAUCCAGUCUCCGGGUAUAAGUUUAUUUCAAGUGAGCCGCCACCCAAUAAAAAACAGAAGAAGAAAGAGAAUAUUGUAGAACCGGAAAUUGAUAGAUUUCAAUUUGAUCGUAAUACAAAUAAUGGUAUGAAGACGCGUUCUGCCUCAAAUUUAAAUCAUAACGUUAAUGAAAGUUUACUUAUCCAUAAAUAUUGGAGUAAAACUACAGGUAACAAUAUUUCACUUCCAAUAAUGUCUAACAAAAAUGGAACAUUAAAUUUAUUGACAAUGGAAGAUUGCGAAGAAGAUAUUGAAUCUAUUGCAAAAGAAAAGGUAUUACAAUUUUAUUUAAAAAGUCAGAAAAUUAUGAAUUACAAUAUGAUUCAAUUAUUAAAACAAGAAAGAACCAGAUGGCAUCCGGAUAAACUUAUUAAAACUAAUACUUCUACUAGUAAUUAUUCAAACAAUGUAUUGCUUGCUACACGCUUGUUUCAAAUUAUCAAUGAGUUAUGGGAAAGUUAUCAUUAA